CACGCACUCCCCACCUCCACCACCGCACGACUACAGCCUCACCACCAGCAUUCCUUCCCGUCGCCUCUCCAUCCCAUCCCGCCCGUGUCCAUGACUUGAGCCGCUGAUACAUCCAGACCCACCGCCCAAUCUCCACUCUCCACUUGCCCAUUUGCCCCGCCCUGUUCACUUGUCCGGAGCUCCUUUUUGACCUGAAUCUCCUUGCCUCCUCGGAGAGCUCUCCCCAUCCACGAACUGUGUGCCUUCGCUGGCCCCGAGAACAUCGUAGAUGAAUUGACCCAUCCCAGCGGCUCCUCCUUCCCAUACAUGCGCUUUCGCGCCCUGGCUUAGCAUACAUGAUCCCCAGUCCACCACAGGAAGCUGAGCAAAUUCGCGGCAAAACGCUGACGCCCGAGUCGCCGAAGCCCCUUCACUAUCCUUCUCCUUCCAAUAUCCCCAUUCUUGAGAAACAGAUGGAUCCCAUGUUCAAUGAGCCUGCCCUCAGCUUAGGCGGCUCCGUCCCGUCGCAACCAUACCCGCAAACCCAACCGCCGAGCGGACAUGCCUCCUCGCUGUAUGCAGAGCAACAGACAGCGCCCAGUUAUCAACCCUCAGGAGCACAACAAGGUGCCGUGGCCACGGCACCGGCUGGCUAUCCGCAGUCGACGGAAUACGGCGGCGGAUAUGGUACGCAGCAGACUCAGGAUACAUCAUCAAUCCACACUUUACCAUCACAGAAGCAAGCGCCUCAGUCUUCGUUCAGUGAGACAAAUCCCGCGCCCUACCAAGACAGCCGCUCUGCAUAUCCACCCACCUAUGAUCCCAAUGUAUAUGCCUCGCAGCAACCCCAAGUCCAACCUCCAGGCGUCCAAUACCAGAAUCAAGCCACAAAUGAUAGCGGUGUCGACUAUCAAGCCCUGCUGGAUACCCUUUCACAUACCACCGAACCCGCCGCUCCUGAGCGGUAUACGCCCGCGACAGUGCAGUCGCAACACUCCCAGCAACAAGCGCAACCAUCCAUUUCCUCCCUCCCGGCCGCGCCAGGUCUCCCUCCUAGACCACCUCCCCAAGACAAAUCCGCAACCAAUGCCAAUGAUGAUAUCAGGUCAUAUCAUCCUCACAGUCAGAAGUCCGGGCCGACCCAAUUUCGAGGCCAGGGCCAACUCCAGCCUCUGAAUGUUCGAGGUACGGGCGGCUCGUCCCAGGAUGCGCAAUCUGCGACGCGGUCAAACCAAAGCCCAAGCACUCCCGGUUACGGUCAGCGUCAGUCUGUUGAUUUUCCCGGUGAGGGAUAUGACGAUGAAGACAGGCGCUGGCCGCCGGAGGUCAAUAGGCUUUACGAAGCUUUCCUAGAAGAAGAAAGAAGAUAUGUCACGGAUGGGCAGUGGGAUCAAUUUCCCAUGGGCUCUCGUCUGUUUAUUGGGAACCUUCCAACAGAGAAGGUCACCAAGCGCGACAUUUUCCAUCGGUUUUUCCGCCACGGUACACUGGCUCAAAUUUCAAUCAAGCAAGCAUACGGAUUUGUGCAAUUCUUAGAUGCAAGUUCAGCGCAUGCGGCGUUGAAAGCGGAGCAGGGAAAGGCAAUACGUGGUCGUAAAAUGCAUCUCGAGAUAUCGAAACCUCAGCGGAAUACCAAGAAAGGAGAUGACAGGAACGGUGGUCCUCGGCGACGCUCACGCUCUCCCGACUAUACGAGAGGUGGGACGGGUUCACAAGCAAGAGGGGUGGACCGAUACGGAGGUACCCAAAAGGCCAUGUCACCGCGAGAGAGGGACAACCGACGAUAUCGUGACGAGUACCGCCGAUCUCCCUCACCUCAACGCGGAGGCCGUGGCAUGAGGGGGAGAGAUCGAAGCCAUGAUCUGUACGAUGGUCGAAGGAGAAGCAGGUCACGGUCUCCACGAAGAUACCGGAGCCCAUCCCCAAGGCGAGACUUUGACGACGACCUCCCCCUUCCGUUCCGUGCUCCUCACCAAAUUCCCGAUAUUCAAGUUCUCGUUAUCAAUGAAGGGCUACCUCGAGAAUAUAUCCGUUGGGUGGAAGACUCCUUCCGACAACAAGGCUUGCGUAUCGAUGUCCUUAUCCUCAGUCCACGCCUCUCGGAGGCAGCUGUGGUACGACGACAGAUCGUGGAAGGAGUCUUGGCCAUAGCGAAGCUGAACACUUCAACUCUUUCUAAAGGGAAAGUCAAUCUUACCGUCUUCGACCGUCGCGGCGGAUCUGGUAAUGUCCAGUUUAACGAGUAUGCCGAUCUUGACCCGGUAACCGCUGCAGCCCUCGUUAUCAACGUGAAGCAGACCCAGUCUCAACCGGCUCCGGCUCCCACUGUCAACUACGCGCAGGGCUACGGUGCACCUCCCGCCGCUCCUGCACCUUAUGCUAACGGUGCACCACCAACAAAUCAAUAUCCCGGCAAUACUGCUACGAGUAAUGCUGCUAAUCUUUCCGGAUUUCUCUCGAAUCUUGACCCCAAUAGCAUCUCACAGCUGCUGGGCUCGUUCUCCCAGAGUCAGGCUUCGCAACCAUCGUCAGCCCCCCUCGACCUCGCCCGUCUCCUUGGGUCUUUAUCCACUCCACAGCAACCACAGACGUAUACGUCUAGCUCUAGCGCACAGGCACCUCUGCAAAAUUUACCCACCGCUUUCCAGGCUUCCUCGCUGGCGUCUCUGCUUGGAGCUCAGCCUCCAGCUCAAGGGGCAGCCGGCGCACCUGCUCAGGCUCCACCUCAAGCCUCACCUACUGGUCAGGUGGACAUGAACGAGAUCAUGGCACAGCUGUCCAGAUACAAACGUUAGUAUCUGGGCUUAGGUUGUUACGUGGGGUUCUGGGCUCAUGUUACUGGUCAUGAAGGCGCCUGCGAUCUCUCCGGGUUAUACCUGUCUCGUACUACGCGCCUGUCUUUUGUAGACACUAUCUUUACCUUCUGGGAGAUUCAUGGCUUUUUUGUACUGGAACCAUUUCGGGUCAUAGAGUCGGAUGGUUCCAAAUAACUGUAUGCGUACUGGAUUGAAUACUGUGCUCAGUAUAUAAAGGAAAGUCUUCGGUGCAUAGUCAGAGACUGGAUUGUCAUGAUAAUGAUGACAAGCACGGUUCAGACUUUAC